AUGGCCGUCAUAAAAAUCCUGGCUUGCUUGGUGAUCCUGUCUCACCUCAGUGAUGGACAGAGGACAGGAAGAAAAGAAAUGGACACUAUGAAGACAGCAUACGUUCCACAAUCAGCCUUCCGGAUGUAUUCAGCGGGAGGGCCACCGAAGGGCUCCUGUACCCUGCUACCACACGUCCCACAGACCUUACAUUCCUGCAGGUUCAACACCUCGAACCCCCUGAUUAUCAUCAUCCAUGGCUGGACGGUAGACGGGAGGAUGGAGAGCUGGGUAACCGACCUGGCGUCCGCUCUGAAGUCCACCCUGGGGGACGUCAACGUGGUGAUCUGUGAUUGGCUGACUCUGGCCCACCGACACUACCCCGCCGCGGCCCAGAACACACGCGCAGCUGGGCGGGACGUAGCGCACCUGCUGCAGUGGCUGGAGGAGUCUUCCCAGUUUCCCAGUGACAAGGUUCAUCUGAUUGGAUAUUGCUUGGGUGCUCACGUUGCAGGAUUCGCUGGGAGCCAUUUCACUAGAUCCAGAAAAAUUGGACGAAUCACAGGGCUGGACCCAGCAGGCCCACUGUUUGAAGGGAUAUCCCACACUGACAGGCUGUCUCCUGACGAUGCUAAGUUUGUAGACGCCAUUCACACCUUCACUCAGCAGCACCUGGGCCUGAGCAUGGGCAUCGCACAGCCAGUGGGGCACUUUGACUUCUACCCCAACGGAGGGGCCUUCCAGCCAGGCUGUGAAAUAAGCACCCUAUUCUCUCACUUGUCGCAGUAUGGACUAGGCGGUUUCCAAAAGUCAGUGAAAUGUUCACACGAGCGGGCCGUCCACUUGUUCAUCGACUCGCUGUUGAACAGAGACGAGCGGAGCACUGGUUUCUGGUGCAGGGAGGAGAGCGCUUUCGACCGGGGCGUCUGCCUCGACUGCCGCAAGAACCGCUGCAACAGGCUGGGUUACGACAUAAAGAGGGUGCAAACUAAAACCAGCAAGAAACUAUACCUGAAAACUCGCUCCAACCAGCCUUACAAAGUUUAUCACUAUCAACUGAAGCUACAGUUCAUAAACCAGGUGGAGACCAUCAAGCCCUUUCUCACCAUCUCUCUCACUGGCACCAAGGCAGAGAGUGUGAAACUGCCCCUCACAUUUGUUGAUGGGAUAUCAGGUAACAGGACCCACACCUUCCUGGUCACCCUGGAGACAGAUAUUGGGGAGCUGAUGAUGUUGAAGCUCCAUUGGGAGGGUAGGGCAGUCCUGGCCUCUGUGUGGAACAGGAUGCAGACCUUCAUCCCGUGGGGAGGGGAGAGGAAGAGGAGAGGGCUCACCUUGGGCAAUAUACGCAUCAAGACAGGAGAUACACAGGCAAAGACGUCACUUUGUGCCAAGACGAACGAUGAAAUGUAUCUUCAACCAUCGCAGGAGAAAAUCUUUGUGCGCUGCCAGGCGGGACGUCUGAAACAACAAAGGAGGCGAAUACACAGCUAAUUUUCUUUC